CACAUUACAGUUUCCUUAAUAUUCAGUUAAUUCCUGUCACUAUGUGAAUUAUUUAAUUUGACCAACGUGACUGGAAAUGGAGUCAUGGAUCCCUCGCAUUUGAAAGAGAUGUGAUCCAACCCUCAGCCCUGUCACUGCCGACUUCAGAAGCUCUGAGUAGCUCUGCUCCAGCAGUGAUUAGUGAGUCGGUGGGGUAAGAUGGCUGCAUUGCUGCGCGCCGCGCAUUAGUGGCAUCCUGGUGAAAUGACGCAGGCCACAGUUUACGUUCAGUCCUCUCAGCUCGCAGCUUCCCAGUCUCCAUAGCUCCGCUCUCACCCCGGCACACAGCCCCGGAAGACCGUACGAUCCGGCUGUCUGGCUGUUCCUCCAGUGGACCGAGCCACACCGGUUCCUCUGAGUAAGUACAAACGUGUGAGUGCGAUGAGGAGAAGUUUCAGACAGUGAGGUCAUGGGCUGCACCUCGGCCAAGCAGGUGUCGGCCGUGCCCAACGAUGAGGAGGGACGCGGGAAGGCCUACAGCAACGGAGACCUCUACUCUGACGAAUACAAGAUGAAGGGAGUGGAAGAGGUGAAGUACAUGAGAGGAGAUGAAAACCGGGUGAACGCACGCAACCAGGAGAACCUGGAGAAAAGUAAUGUGGAGUACAGGGGCAAACAGCAGAAAGAGGCGGCUGCAACGAACAUCAAAUCUAACAUUCACACGUCAGAGAGCCAGCAGGAAUUUUUCAGGAUGCUGGAUGAGAAAAUUGAAAAGAUCUCCAGACAUAAAAGAUUGUUUUUUAUCGGAUUUCAGUCUUGGAUCUUGGGAGUAAGAUUGCCAAGGGAGAAGAUUGAUUAUGUACCUGGUGAAGCAUUGUUCCCGCCAUUUUUUUUGGAUCACUGUCCUCCUAAAACAAUCCAAUGAUUACCUCCCUAUUAGUUUAUUUGCAGACUGCACCUGAUUUUUAUUUAAUUGUCCUGGUAUUUUCAAAGAGUUUAUGAUGCAGUCCACUCUUAUACACUUCCUAGGGCCUUUUAAAGAGUAACAGCGACACAUACUGACACUAUACUGAACACGAGCUGCUUUUCCACUUAUGUAUCCUUUGUUUUACAUUAGAUUAUCUUGGAUGUUUGUCUGUUGCUGAAAACGUCCAUCUUUGUCUCAUGUGACCCAAACGUGCAGUUCCAGACAGCUUGUCAAGAAAGACUACAUUUCCAUGGGUUGGUGUUUAGAUUAUGUAACCCAAUCAUUCCAAGAUGGCGCUCUGUUUUCAGAUAGCGAACUUCUGACAUUUUUUUAACCUGCUUUUCCAUCCUCCUUACUUGAUUUUAUAAAAACUGCUUUUACGUUUUUUGGGGUUUUUUUGUACUUUAUUAAAGAAAUGCAGCCGAAAUAAUAAUAAUAAUAAUAAAAAAAUCCUCCUUGAGUUUUUUAACAUAGGAUGCUGGAUUGAAAGAAAUACAAAAAUUAAGGGCUUCUUACUCAUCUUGACCAGGGGUGAAAGUAAAUGUGGCUGUCACUAUAUUACCUCUGAACUGCAUGAUCAUAAAAAAAUCAUUUAUUGCACAAGGAAAUAAACAUCUCCGCACACCAGAGGAGUAUGAAAACCCCUUAAGGUUUAUCUUUGAUUGCAAGGAUGAUAUUUUGUCAUUGUGGCAAGUACAAGUGAGCAUCAGUCGACGGCCUCCAACAAUCUACUUGUUAUCAUACGACGAUUGGCUGAAUGUCAGGUGUAUCUGGAAGGAAUCCAAAAACAACACAUCUUAUCACCAACAAAUCAACAUCAAGUAAAACAGUGUAGCAACUCUGGCUAACAGCACAGACAAAUGUAGCCUUGGGUAAUCUUAAUACUUUAAACUCUGCUUUACGUCACCACAGUAAGAUCAUUGUCCAAGCUGGUAUGUUACCCAGAAGACAAAAGCGCCAGCCAGGCAACAACAGACCACAUUUUAGCUGGUUCCUGUUAUUUGAGACUGUAGCAACAUUAGGUGAGAAGCACCAGGGCAAACCUGCAGGCAGCCUGCUCAGCUGCUUUUUAUCUUUGACUUUCACCUCAUAGAUCACAUCUGAAUUGUCAAGUCGAGCCUGAAGUCCCAUAAGCCUUUGUGGCUUUUCCAAAUCAGCUUAUGUGCUGUGCGUACAUUUUAAACAGAAAGGUGUAAAAUAAAGUAAUUUUGGAAAAUAAUAAUUUGUGUUAAUUAUUUGGAAGAUCGUAUCUAAUUCUAAGUUAUAAUGUUGCUCCAAUGAGUGGCUGGUGGACCUGUACGCAUGCAGCUACUGUGACUUCCAAAAGUAUUUACACCCUCUGAGCUUUUAACAUGUCAAAAUAUAACCAUGAAUCACGUUUUAUAUUUUGAUUCUCUAUCUUUUUUAAUCAGCCAAACACAAAGAGGGCAUAUUAAUGAUGAAGCAGGAAAUACUACAUGGCUUCUAAAACAUCUUACAAAUAAAAAUUUACAUUUCUAACCAUUAUUCUUUUCUUCAAUGCCUCUAAAUAAAGCAACACGUCACUUAUGUGUAUGACAGUACAGCGAUUGGUCAUACAUUUCACAACUCUGGCCUUUAGGAAAGAAGUGUGAAAAAGAAAGCAAAAACAAACACGUUAGAGAGGCUGUCCUGGUUAGAUUAAACCAAAAUGUAACUUUUUCACCUAUAAGCAGUAUGUUUGGGGAAUGUGGGAAUGAAAACUCCACAUUCAAGCCUGAACUGUCCCCGCUUGGGAACACUGUGUUGGCAGCAUUAUGCUGUGGAGAUGUUUUUCUCGUUAUUGUAAGUGGUCCUCAGAAGAUGUUUUGGUGUUAUUUGCAUGAUACUCACAUCCAAAACCAGUUAACUACACCUGAGGAUAACUAUUAAAAGCUACUAAUGCAAUUUUGAGUUGUUUUGCAUUUAUUACACAUUUGACUUUAUAUUAACCUAAGCAGGUUGUUCUUAUGCAAAAGAAUGGGUUUCAAAUGGGCAAACAUGCAAAUGAGCAGUUUUAACUGCAGCGAUCACUGAAUUUUACAUAAAGUGGACAUCAGGGUCAGAUGGUGGAGAAAUCCCAGAUGUUCCCAAGUGUCGGGGAGUUGAAGUAAAAACAUCUGUUCACAAUUAGGUGACCUGAAUGCCACAUCAGUUUACCAGGACCAGUUGUCCACAGCUACUCUCUUACGUUAGAGUAGCUGUGGACAAAAAUUCUGCAAUGAAAGUCCUGCAGGCGGAGGCUUUGACGCCGCAGCCUCCGAGCUGAAACCCAGCGCCGUUCGG